CAGCGCCUGAAGUGUGUAUGGCCUAGCGGAGGAAGGUGAUGCCUGGGAUCGGCAGAGAACGCGAGUUCGAAUUUGGUGGCCCUAUAUAAAGUCAUGGCAGCUCAUUUUUCGGUCUCCCUUUUCUUUCUCACCCACCUCAACCCCCCUUAGACUCCCAGGUCGUUGAGAAGAGGUUAUGUGGUAUUGGAUUUGCCAUUAUUUUCCGUACAUGUAUUUCGCAUCUAGGCAAUAGGCAGCACGGCGUUCUUCAUGGAAUGGUCAAGUCGGUCCUCGGAACAUCAAAAAGUUUUCUGGUUUUAGAAAAGCACAAUGGAAAGCCCCAAGGCACUUUAAAGGGCUCACAAGAAAGAGAAAGACGAAAAAGGAUAAGAAGUAGUGCUAAUACUCGAUCCCUUUCUCAAACUCUUCCAACCUCUUUUUAUAAAGUGAACAGGUAUCACACACUGGCAAAGUAUAGAAUAAAAUUGUUCCUCUUCUUUCACAUCCAUUACUGCUACCAUGAUUCAAUACUACCUUGGCUCAACCUAUGUCUGUUAUCUGCCUUUCUUUUGUUUGUACAAAACGCCAUUGCCUGCUGUGUGACUUUUAUGUCAUGGUGCCCAAAUGUUAUUGAAAGAACCCAAUGCCUGUCCGUUGGGAAUGCCAUGCCGCCGCCCUCCUAUUCCCCUAGAAAGAAAAAAGAAAGAAAAAAGAUGACACAUUGGCCUAGGUACAGCUUUCACUUGACCACAACCAGUUUUCUUUUCCAUGACCGAAAAUAUCCACAUUAUAAUCAUAACAAAACACCUAAACAAAACCAAAGUAUCCGAGAGAGAGAUACUUUGCUUGCUAUGGGUGGGGGGGCUGCUGAUUCCCUUCCAGAACGUUGAAAAAUGCAAUGUGCCUGCUUAUACAUACAAAGUCGGGUGCCUCUUCACUCCGACUUGUUCGCUCGGUCGACGCCUGCCCUCCAUCAGAUGUCGCACACUCUGGGUAUCCCUUGCUCUCAAAUACCACGUCUCAAGCCUGA